AUGGAGUAUAAGGUUUUCGCAUCUGAAGCUCCUCCUUGCUUCUCUGAGGAAAAUGAGAUUAUCACUGUGUUGGAUACUGAAAAUACCAAAAUGGAAGAGAAGAAGAAAGUUGAGCAGGAUGUGGCUAGAUUGAUGAAAGAAAAGGAUGACAACCAUAAUCAAAUUUUGGUACUGAAGCAAGAGCUGGAAAUGGCUAGGAAAACACACGAAGAACGGAUGGAAACAGAAGGAAAACUAGCUCAACAAGAACUUCAGCAGAGGUUAGAGGAAGUUAUGCAGCUCCUAACAGAAUCAAAAAAUACGGUUAAAGAACUUGAGGCAUAUUCCGAGUCCAAAUGUCAGCGGUGGAACAAGAAAGAGCACAUCUACCAAGUGUUUACAGACUUCCAGCUUGGUGCCCUGCGGGAACUGAGGUUCAGUUCUCAGUCAAUUAGACAAGAAAUUUUGAAAACGCAAACGAGCUACUCAGAUGAAUUCAAUCGCUUAGGGUUAAAGAUUGAAGCAUUAGAAAAUGCAGCAGAAAACUACUACGCAAUCCUUGCUGAAAAUCAGAAGCUGCAUAAUGAGCUCCAAGAGCUCAAAGGAAAUAUUAGGGUUUAUUGUCGGAUAAGACCAUUCCUUCGUGGACAAACUGGAAAACAAACCAUUAUAGAAUAUAUUGGCGAGAAUGGGGAGCUGGUUGUUGUAAAUCCCUCCAAACAAGGAAAAGAUGGUCAUCGCUCCUUCAAGUUUAAUAAGGUCUAUGGUCCAGCUGCAACUCAAGUGGAGGUAUUCUCAGAUACACAGCCCUUGUUACAGUCAUUGCUUGAUGGGUAUAAUGUUUGUAUCUUUGCGUACGGUCAAACUGGUUCAGGAAAAACCCACACAAUGACCGGUCCUGAAAGUGCAUCUGAAGAUGAAUGGGGGGUCAACUACCGUGCUCUGAAUGAUCUUUUCCGGAUUUCUCAAACUAGAGAAAGAACGUAUAAAUAUGAAAUCAAAGUUCAAAUGGUAGAGAUAUACAAUGAACAAGUGCAUGAUUUACUGUCAAGUGAUGGUCCUCAAAAGAGAUAUCCUUCUCUAGCUAUAGUAAUCUACUUUGUUUUCCUUGACUUUCACACGCUUGGGAUUUUGUCUACCUCCCAAACAAAUGGGUUGUCUGUCCCUGAUGCUACCAUGCAUCCUGUCACAUCAACUUUUGAUGUCAUAGAAUUAAUGGAAACUGGAUUAAGGAAUAGGGCUCAAGGUGCCACUGCUUUGAAUGAGAGAAGCAGUCGAUCACACAGCGUUGUGACUAUUCAUGUUCAUGGGACGGAUACAAAGACUGGUGCUUCUUUACGCAGUAGUCUUCAUCUAGUAGAUCUUGCAGGAAGUGAAAGAGUUGACCGCUCAGAGGUAACUGGAGAUAGACUUAAGGAAGCACAACACAUAAACAAAUCUCUAUCUGCUCUUGGAGAUGUCAUCUUUGCUUUGGCACAAAAAAGUCCUCAUGUUCCAUACAGAAACAGCAAGCUUACUCAAAUCCUUCAAAGCUCUCUAGGUGGCCAAGCAAAGACCCUUAUGUUUGUGCAGCUCAAUCCUGAUAUUGGUUCGUUUUCUGAAUCUGUAAAUACCUUGAAGUUUGCAGAGAGGGUCUCUGGAGUUGAACUGGGUGCUGCGCGGAACAGCAAAGAUGGCAGGGAUGUAAGGGAACUCAUGGAACAGGUGGCCUCUCUGAAAGACACAAUUGCAAAGAAAGAUGAGGAGAUUGAGAGGUUGCAACUCCUUAAAGAUCUCAAAAAUGUGUAUCACAAUGUCAAUGGUGACAAGCCUGGAUCAAACUCAUUGAGGUCUAAGUCACCAGCUAAAAUUCCUCGGCCCCAACCAAACUCACCAAAGGAAUUGUUAAAGGACUCAACAGGUUUGCAAAAAUCAGUUAGUGGAAGUAAUAUAUCAAACAGGCCUCCAAAAAGGUAGCAAUAGAUGGAAGAAACAGCAGUACUCUUAGUGUAUAUUGGUCCACUGAUUUUGUACCACCAGAGUUUUACAUUUUCUUCAACUCUGCAUAGGUUCCUUACCUAUCUACUAUUUUUUGACUGAGUCUCUGUCUAGAGCCUACAGCAGGCACUUUUGUAUUCUUUGGUGUUAAUUCACACAUUGUAGAUA